GACCGAGGCUUCCACAUUCGGUCCGUGUCGAUGUCGUACUGACGUCCGUACACUCUGACCUCCUGCACAUAACAAACAUUUGGACUCGUGUCGAGAUCGAGCCUUCGACCAUGACAGUGUCGUCGUCGAGAACAGCAUCUGUACUGACAUCCAACUGUACGCCGCCAUGGCGGUCCAGUCUAAAUUGCUCCCUCCGGGACGCAGUGUCAAGCAAUUGAUCUCCGAGUUGACAUCCCUCUACCUCAAACACCGAACAAAGAUCUCUCGGACCGUCUACAUCACACUCGUCGUUGCUCUCAUCCAUCGCAUACACAAUGCUGUCUCGGAGCAGAAGGCUGCCGCCCGGAGGCAUGCUGAAAUACGUGCCCAACAGGUCGCUACCAUUGGCGACACUGACGAUGCGGAGAAGGAACACAAGAAGAAGAGAGUGGAAAUAAACCGGGAGUUCUUCCGCAACUUGUCACGGUUGCUCAAGAUUGUCAUACCUGGCUGGCGGAGCAAAGAGCUGCGGCUCAUUGUCAGUCACAGCGUCUUCCUUGUCCUCCGAACCCUCCUUUCCGUUUACGUUGCCGAUCUCGACGGCAAAGUUGUGUCUGCGUUGGUCAAAGGCCGUGGUAGAGACUUCAUGUUGGGGCUAGUAUGGUGGAUGCUGGUCGCCGUCCCUGCCACCUUCACCAACUCGAUGCUGCAAUACCAUCAGACCAAACUUGCCCUGUCUUACCGGACGAGGUUAACGAACCAUGUGCACGAGAAGUACCUGGACAACAUGACAUUCUAUACACUUUCGGCUCUAGAUGAUCGGAUAAAGAACGCUGACCAGUUGGUCACAGUCGAUAUUUCGAGGUUCAGCAACUCUCUUGCCGAACUGUACUCGAAUCUGGCGAAGCCAGUUCUGGACAUGGUCAUAUACAACUACUCGCUGUCAAAGUCUGUUGGUGGAGAAGGACUGUUCGCCAUGGCAUUGCUGGUACAGGUCUCUGCAAACGUGAUGCGUGCUCUCACACCUCCCUUUGGAAAGUACGUCGCGGACGAGGCUCGAUUAGAAGGUGAAUUUCGUUUCCAGCAUACUCGCCUUAUCGACUACAGUGAAGAAAUUGCAUUAUAUGCUGGACACGAAGCAGAAAAAGACGGGCUAGACAAGGGAUAUUUUACACUCAUCAGGCAUGUCAACAGAAUACUACGAAGAAGGUUCUAUCAUGGUUUCAUGGAAGAUUUCGUCAUCAAGUACUUUUGGGGCGCUCUGGGGUUGAUCCUGUGUUCGUUACCGGUCUUCUUCAAGAUACCUGGACAAAAUCUUCAGGUUGCGGGCGAUCAUACCGAAAGCUUCGUCAAGAACAGACGGAUGCUGCUGAGCAGCUCAGAUGCAUUUGGGCGACUUAUGUUCUCAUACAAGGAAAUUAGUGAACUAGCUGGAUACACUUCAAGAGUCGCAGGUUUGCUGGAUGUCAUGGAUGAAGUGUCAGCAGGUCGUUUCCAGAAGAAUCUCGUGAGCUCUGCUAGCAUCGAGGAAAAUGCCGAGGUAUUGAAAGGGCGAGGGACGAUCGAGGAAAGCGAGAACAUCGAGUUCACGGAUGUCCCCAUCGUCAGUCCGAACGGUGACGUUCUCAUCAAGAAAUUGACCUUUGCUAUCAAGCCGGGCGACCAUCUACUUAUCGUCGGACCCAACGGGUGCGGAAAGUCGAGCCUUUUCAGGAUACUUGGCGGCCUAUGGCCAGUUUAUGGUGGAAGCGUGAAGAAACCCAAGUUCGAAGACAUCUUCUACAUCCCUCAACGACCCUACCUCAGUCGAGGGACGCUGCGAGAUCAGAUCAUCUAUCCUGAUACGCUGUACGAGUUCCGAGCCAAGAAUGGUUCAGAGGAGGAACUGAAAGAAAUCCUUGAAACGCUAGAGAUUGGGUCUGUGCUGAAUCGGCCUAAUGGCUGGGACGCCGUGGAGGAAUGGCGGGAUGUCUUCUCGGGUGGUUUGCAGCAACGCAUCGCUAUGGCGAGACUAUUUUACCACAAGCCAAAAUAUGCGAUCCUCGAUGAGUGUACCAGCUCGGUCACCUUGGAUAUGGAGCGGAAAAUGUACGAGACGGCGAAAGGUCUGGGAACGACACUUAUGACGGUCAGCCACCGGCGCAGUUUGUGGAAGUAUCAUAGCAUGAUUCUGCAGUUCGAUGGCCAAGGCGGAUACGUGUUUAGCAAACUUGAUGCCGAAAGACGGAUCAAGCUUGAGGACGAAAAGGAGGAGCUGGAUACACUACUCCGUGGCGUCGAAGGGUGGAAGGCCCGGCUUGCUGAGUUGGAGGAAUGACCUGGAGAGGACCUAAGCACUUUUUUCCACAACCAAGUUCACGCCAGAGUGCAAAGAUCCGGUUCUGCAUCGACUUAACUUUUCUCUCCCCUUGGCCACCCCUUUCCGUCGCACACACCUCAAGCAUCGUGUGUCCGACCAAAGCAAACGAUAUAUCUGCCACUCGCACGACGUCUU